GAGCAGCACACCAGAUUGUUGCUCUAGUGCUGAUAUCUGCUCUUAUGCUGAUUCAUACUUGUAGAUUUAUUUAAAGAUUGUAGUUUGCAUUAAAGGAUGUUUUUUGCACUGGAUUUUCCAACAUUAAUGUGUUAAAUCGGUCUGAUUUAAGCUAUGUAAAGGCUUUAGUGAUGGCUUAAACAACCUUUUGAUACUUCAGACAUUUACAGCAAUUAUAUUUGCGAGGACACCAGGAGUGACCACCAAGCCUGUGUGAGAGGAGAAUGGAGUAUAAUGAGAUUGACAUACAGGCUAUCCGCUUCCUUACACCAGAUGGCGGGACCUUGGAGGCCACCCAGCACCCAGAGAUCAGAUGUGAGAUGCCUGUUGGAACAUUCGCAGUCGGCAGGAUGAACUUCUGCAGGGUUUCCAUACAGGUAUCGAACACAGACGAAUCAGUGGUCCACAGCCACAUGGGGAGUGACACAUAUGUGUCCCCAGUGAUUGUCCUUGAACCACUACGGCGUAAAUUUCACGCUUCACCAGUCAUUCGUCUUCCACUGCCAGGCUACCAUGUGAAGAAGAUUGAUCCACGAAGUGUCCAUGUGCUCAUCAGUGUCACAGGUUCCGGUGACUGUUCAGACUGGCAGGACAUAGCAUCUGUCAUUGGGGAGGAAAGAAUCAACUCCGCUGUUGAGACUGGGGUCAUCAACAUUGGCAAUGUGGUGGUCAGCGGGAGGUUUGUAGUGGUGUGUUGUGACAACAGCAUCAUGGAUGUUCCUGCGACAGUGUCGGAGAUGAUGAGGUCCUGUAUGAAUGGAGGCCUUGGGGCAGCGGUAUGUCGGCAGCAUGUCGGUCCUUGUAGCAAACAGUGUUCGGACCAGCCCCAUCUAGACCUGUUGCAUGCAGCCCGGAACGGAGACGUCUCUGCCCUCAAGGCCUGCCUCACCUCAGAGGGCAUGGACAUCAACUUCACUAACAAGGGUGGGCAGUCUGCCCUACAUCUGGCCUGUGCUGAGGGACACACCCAUAUUGUAAAAGAACUGCUCAAGCAUGACGCAGACAUGACUCUCCUCUCACAGAAAGGCAAUGCCCCGAUUCACUUGGCAUGUUUCAAUGGACACGGGGACGUUGUUGAGCUUCUUUUAAAGAAGGGUUGUGACAUCAACCUGCCCUCCAAGCACUCUUGUUUCCCUCCCAUCUAUGCUUCCAUCCUGGAGACCCAUUGUGAGGUGGUGAAACUGCUGUUGUCCAAGGGAGCAGACGUAACAUGGACCUCCCUGGAUGGCCUGUCGCUGGUACUGGUGGCGGUGUACACAACAUAUGACAAAGAGCGCACAAAGGCCCUGCUCCAGAUCCUCCUGGAUCAUGUCGACAUCUCUACACUUCACCUCAGCAAGCAACUUAAACACAGGGGUUUUAUAUGCCAUGGGGAGGCACUGCUACAGUGUGUAGCCACUCGCCAAGCUGCAAAAGACCUAAUUGGGCCAGUAAGGUUGAAACUGGCCAAUCAUAGCACAGACCUGAUCCAUAAAGACCUGGAGACAUGUCAGAAAGCUUUUGGGGAUUUAAGGAGCCUUAUGCUAGCGUGUAAAGAGGGAAAUCUGGACUCUGUCACACAAUUCAUUGAAGAAAGGGAUAAAUUGAUCACCAGAGUUACUGAAGCUGGUGUGAGCUGCCUGCACUGUGCCUGUCAUGGCGGCCAUGCAGACAUUGUGGAUAAAUUGAUCAAAGCAGGGGCAGAUGUCAAUGGUUUAACAGAGCAUGGGGUCUCUUGCCUGUACCUUGCUGCCAUGGGAGGCCACACAAACAUUGCUAAGAAACUUCUCAAGUCUGGUGCAAACACUGACACACUCAACCAGUAUGGCUUAUCAGCCAGUAACAUUGCCACAGAGAUGGGAUAUCUCAACAUUGUUUCCAUCAUUAAAGACUACUCUAUCAGAAAUGAAUUCCGUAAAGAAACUUCUCAAAAAACUGUCACAGCAAGCUCAGAAAAGGACAAAGAAAAAGACGAAAAAACAGUGAAGAAAUGCUGUAACAUUGUGUGAGCCUCAUUAUACAGCACAUCAAGCAAACAAGGUUGUGAUGGCAGAAUUGUCAUAAAAUUUAAAUGUGCUGCCUCUGUUGUUACAUUAUUUAAUCCUCUGGGAGUCCAACUUAAUCGAAAGUAAACAAAUGUUGGGAACUAAUGAUUUAAGUGGGUCAAUAUUAGCAAAGACCAGUGAAUGGUCUACACUUAGGUGUCAGUUAAGAAGCAGUUGUAUAGUGUUGACUGCUGCCUUUAACUUUUAUCAUCUUAACUGAAAAAACAUACAGAUACACAGAUUUGCACCAGUCUGUUACCAUUCCUUAAACAAUGAAACAAUUUCAUUAAACACCACCAGGGGAUUAAGUGGCACCUGCACCCCCCCCCCAACCCUCCCCCUUUUGAAUCUUUUUAAGUUCACUUUUUAUUUCAAUACAGGAGAACAAAAACAAAUGUGCGCCCAAAAUGCACCUGUUGUACUAGAGAUUGUUAAUUUUUUAAGGGAGAGAGCCCUUAAACCCCCUGCAAACACUUAAAUUUUGGUUCGGAGGGAGGACCGCAAGUCAAAAGGUUACGCCCUAACAUACACCCCUCUCAAAUCAAAUCAAAUCAAAUUUUAUUUUAUCUCUAUCGUCAAAUCCUGAAUCCGCCCUUACACACUGUCCGUGCACAUACAGGAUAUCAGUUGAACAGUAUUUGAAAAAUUGCAUAUCCAUAAAUAGCAAUCAGUGUAUGACAUGAGUGUGUUUCGUUCUGAACUAAAAACAAUCUAUACAUAAUUACACGAUUUCAUUUAUAAUACUGUCAAGGUAUUAUGUGGAUGGUUAUAAUAAGUGGCAUCAACAUAUACGUUUCUUCACUGUUACAUUCAGUACGGGAAUGUGUGCUAGUUUACGAUGUGCUUAUUUUUUAGUACUUUUAUACAUGUUUGUUUGUUCUCAAGUGUUUUGAUUGAAAGACCAGAUGCUUUACCAGAAGACGAUACCCAUUGUGUUGUUGCAUUUUCUUUGACUCAGUUUGUCAUUUUGUACCUGCUGUUCGUAUCAAAUUAUCCUGCAUUAAAGUGUUAAGAUUCA